GCGCGCAAGGGAGCGGAGAGCUAGCGAGUUGAGGGAUUGACACAAAUGGUCAGGCGGCGGCGGCGGAGAAGGAGGCGGAGGCGUAGGGGGGAGCCGAGGCCGCUGGGCUGCCGAGAGUUGCGCGCUCUCUCUCGCCGCGGCCACUAGCGCGGCGCCGCCAGCCGGGAGACAGCAAGCCGAGGGCCAGGAAGGCGGGACGCGACCCCGGCGCGCCCGAGCCACCCGGGCUAUCCCCGCCGCCCGCGCUUCAUGAAUCGCAAGUUUCCGCGGCAGCGGAGGCUGCGGGACGCGGAGCGGGAGCCGGAGGAGCGGGUCGAGCGCGGCACGGGCUCGACGGAGGGCACCGGCGCAGAGGAGAUAUUCCCGGCUACAGGGGGAGCCGCCGCCCGCCGCGCCACCUCCAGCCUCAGCCGAGCGGCGCAAAGAAAGGAGCCGAGAAAGUAUGGCUGAGGAGGAGGCGCCUAAAAAGUCCCGGGCCGCCGCCGCUGCCGGCGGGUGCUGGGAACUUUGUGCCGGGGCUCUCCCGGCUGGGCUGGUGGCAGAGGGGAGUUGGGACGCUGGCCACCGCCGCCGCCUCCCCCCAGCUGACUCCUGGCGCUUGGCGCGCUGGCUACUGCUGCUGCUUUGGCUACUGGAGGCUCCGCUGCUGCUUGGGGUCGGCGCGCAGGCAGCGGGCCAAGGGCCCGGGCCAGGUCAGCAGCCCCCGCCACCUCCACCUCAGCAGCAACAGAGCGGGCAACAGUACAACGGCGAGCGGGGCAUCUCCAUCCCGGACCACGGCUACUGCCAGCCCAUCUCUAUCCCGCUGUGCACGGACAUCGCUUACAACCAGACCAUUAUGCCCAACCUGCUGGGCCACACGAACCAGGAGGAUGCGGGCCUCGAGGUGCACCAGUUCUACCCGCUGGUAAAGGUGCAGUGCUCAGCCGAACUCAAGUUCUUCUUGUGCUCUAUGUACGCGCCGGUGUGCACCGUGCUGGAGCAGGCUCUGCCGCCCUGCCGCUCCCUCUGCGAGCGCGCGCGCCAGGGCUGCGAGGCGCUCAUGAACAAGUUUGGCUUUCAGUGGCCCGACACGCUCAAGUGCGAGAAGUUCCCGGUGCACGGAGCCGGCGAGCUGUGCGUGGGCCAGAACACGUCGGACAAGGGCACCCCGACCCCCUCUCUGCUGCCGGAAUUCUGGACCAGCAACCCUCAGCACGGCGGCGGGGGGCACCGAGGCGGCGGCUUUCCUGGGGGCGCCGGAGCGUCAGAGAGAGGCAAGUUCUCAUGCCCGCGCGCCCUCAAGGUGCCCUCCUACCUCAAUUACCACUUCCUGGGGGAGAAGGACUGCGGGGCGCCGUGUGAGCCGACCAAGGUGUACGGGCUCAUGUACUUUGGGCCCGAGGAGCUGCGCUUCUCGCGCACCUGGAUCGGUAUCUGGUCAGUGCUGUGCUGCGCCUCCACGCUUUUCACGGUGCUCACGUACUUGGUGGACAUGCGGCGCUUCAGCUACCCGGAGCGGCCCAUCAUCUUCCUCUCGGGCUGCUACACCGCCGUGGCCGUGGCCUACAUCGCUGGCUUCCUGCUGGAGGACCGGGUGGUGUGUAACGACAAGUUCUCCGAGGACGGGGCGCGCACAGUGGCGCAGGGCACCAAGAAAGAGGGCUGCACCAUCCUCUUUAUGAUGCUUUACUUCUUCAGCAUGGCCAGCUCCAUCUGGUGGGUGAUCCUGUCCCUUACCUGGUUCCUGGCGGCCGGCAUGAAGUGGGGCCACGAAGCCAUCGAGGCAAACUCGCAGUAUUUUCACCUGGCCGCCUGGGCCGUGCCGGCCAUAAAGACCAUCACCAUCCUGGCGCUGGGCCAGGUGGAUGGCGAUGUGCUCAGCGGGGUGUGCUUCGUGGGGCUUAACAACGUGGACGCGCUGCGUGGCUUCGUCCUGGCUCCUCUCUUCGUGUACCUGUUCAUCGGCACAUCCUUUCUGCUGGCCGGCUUUGUGUCGCUCUUCCGCAUUCGCACCAUUAUGAAACACGAUGGCACCAAGACCGAGAAGCUGGAGAAACUCAUGGUGCGCAUCGGCGUCUUCAGCGUGCUUUACACGGUGCCAGCCACCAUAGUCAUUGCCUGCUACUUCUACGAGCAGGCCUUCCGGGACCAGUGGGAGCGCAGCUGGGUGGCCCAGAGCUGCAAGACCUAUGCCAUCCCCUGCCCCCACCUCCAAGCCGGUGGAGGGGCCCCGCCGCAUCCUCCCAUGAGCCCUGACUUCACAGUCUUCAUGAUCAAGUAUCUUAUGACGCUGAUCGUGGGCAUCACGUCCGGCUUCUGGAUCUGGUCCGGCAAGACCCUCAACUCCUGGAGAAAGUUCUACACCAGACUCACCAACAGCAAACAGGGGGAGACCACCGUCUGAGACCUGGGGGCGUGCUCAGCCCAUUCCCAGCCCUCAGCCACCCCCAUAACCUUCCCCCAUGGAAUUCUGACCAAGCCUGGCUACUACAGGCUUCCUCACUAGACACUUUCGCAGGCUUCUUUUAACAACAUAGCUCCUGCAAAAAGCUUCCGUCCCUGGGGGCAAACGGACUCGAGGGCCCAAUUUCUUGAGGGGGGAUGGACCGACCUCUCGCUGGUACCAGCACUGUACGCUUUUAUGAUUGUAAAUAGCCUGUGUAAGAUUUUUGUAAGUAUAUUUGUAUUUAAAUGACUGAUCAUGCGUUUUCUUUCCUUCCCUUUUUGGUUUAAAUUUGAAUUAUCUAGGGCGGUUUAACCAGUCGAGGCUUUCCCUUCUUUCCCUUUUCGGAGUACCGCCGAGAUAAAUCCGGAGCGCACCCGCCGGGUGCUCUCGCAGGUUCGCGCGCGCCCCUCCCUGCAGCUCUGGGAUGGGUACGUCUGGGAUAGCGCUGUUCGGGUCACUUCCCACCUCUUUUUUCUGCUCCCUCCCCUCCCCUCCUUAGUUUGAGUUUGUAGAUCAUAAGGUCCUGAACUUUAAAGCUUUCAAGUCGGCCCUUGUUCAGGGCCAGAUUUAUCCCUGACUUCCCGAAGCUGAAUUUUUCACUGUCGAGAACCUUUCUCCUAGCUUCAAGGAGGCCCGUGGUUUGUGGUUACCGGCAGUCCCAGACUCCCUCCCUCCGCACUGGCCUCCAAUGCCCAGACACUCCCUCCUUCCACCUAAGUCGGUUAGAGGGUGAGUGGGAUAAGCAAUGCCAAACUUUUUAAAGUCUAAUUUUUGGUGGAUGAGCUCAUUUCAUUCUCUAGUGUCUAAAACCUGGUAUGAGUUUGGCCAGCGUCAUGGAAAGAUGUAGUUACUGAGAUUUGGGAAGAGGCAUGAAGCUUUGUGUGGGUUGGGAGAGACUGAAGAUGGGGGUUAUAAAAUGUUCAUUCUAAUUGUAUACCGAUGCCUGGCAACCUGCCUCUGGGACGGAGACAGUUCGCGUUUAGAUUUUUAGCGCUCUGUAAAAUGGAAACGUUGAGGUCACCUGGAAAGCUUUGUCAAGGAGUUGAUCUUUGCGUUGAUCUUUACUCUCCUUAACGGGACAGCAGAUGUAAACUAAAUAUGAAAACUUGAAGGAGAUUUCAGUGUAAUGGACUUCCUCAAAAUGCAGUGCUACUUUCUGAUUUUUUAGUCAAACAAUAAUUAGACAUAUAUCAAAAACUUUAAAAUGUAAAAGUUGUACUUUCAACAUAUUAUUACGAUUCUUACUCAGCAACACAGUCUGAGGGAGGAAUAAUCCACAUCAUUAUUAACAACCUGGUAAAGGAAGUAAAGGAGGUGGAAUAAUUGAUAAGGAUUAGCUCCUGAAAUAAACAAAAUAUGGGCAUGCAUGCUCAGACUGUCUGCAGGUCGGCUGCAUUAAAUCCUGUGCACUCCUUCUUGGAUUUACAGAAAUGUAUCAAAUGUAAAUCUUUCAAAGCCAUUUUAAAAUAUUCACUUUAGUUCUCUGUGGAAAAGAUGAGAAAAGCAACCCUCCUGAUUGUAUUGUAAACUUUAAGAGUUUAUCAAAAUGCCGGUACUUAGGACCUAAAUUUACCUAUGUCUGUCAUACCCUAAAAUGACAAUGGUCUUUGAUUUUGGUAUGCAUUUAUUCUGUUCACUAUCACAAAGUCAUCUAUAUUUAUAG